GUCCAUGUCCAAGAACGUAGAAUUGUUAUUUUUGUUCAUUUCCUCCGAUCGGUCAGCCGAAUCGGUUCAAGUAGCAGCAGCAGCACCAGUAGCAGCAGAAGCAGAAGCAGAAGUAAAAGACAAACGACGCGCCAUGACAGUCCCAUCGAGAUCUCUUGCAGUUGCGCUGGUUCUGUGCGCGUCGAUGUGCCUGUUCCUGUUGUGUCCGGCCGACGCCUCCUAUCACGCACUAGCACUGGAAGGAUGGCCGUACGCAUUCCCGUUGGGUCCGUGGCAUGAUUACUCGCUGGCCGAGAAGGCGACAGUGCCGGUACCGAUCGAACCAGUCGUGGCAGCCCAUUUAGGAUCGUAUCCUGGUGCGUACGCAAUCAUGGCUACACGCGGAUCGAUCCACAUCGCACCCCUUCCGGGGCACUCGGUUUCACAGUUCCAGUACAACUUUGAUGCACCCCCGGGAACGUACUAACGGUGAUCGGCAGGAAGUGAUUGAAGUAUUGCAAUAAAUAGUUUUUGUUUUAUUUGUUAAUCCAAAA